UUUAUGUGAUAUUUACUAUUCGUUUAUAUAUUUAGACAGCUAUUAGACUGAUAUAACAUAACAACAAGUAAUUAAUAAAUGUUUCAAUAAUUCAAACAUUUUUUGUUUUUUGGUAAUCAAUUGAAUGACUGAUAGGACUGAAUGACACAACAGAUCCAGUGAUUGAUUAUUAUUGUCGCCGCAAAUGAAGAGAUGUCUUCCACCGCUUACUCGGAUGCCGUACUGUUGGCCAUCGUAUCGAUGGCCGUCUAUAUGAACGCCUGGAAGUGUCGGUUUGUCUUCGACGACGUCUCGGCCAUUGUCAACAAUCGUCACAUCCGGACCAAUGAGACCACUUGGCUGUCGGUGUUCGGCACCGACUACUGGGGUACCGAUAUUGCCAGCGAACACAGCCACAAAUCCUAUCGGCCGUUGACUGUCCUAACAUUUCGGCUCAACUAUUUGGUUAAUGGUCUCGAACCGUACGGCUAUCAUAUCGUUAACGUAUUACUUCAUUUGCUGGUCACUCAACUCUACCAUCGAUUUUCGCUACAAUUACUUAGUUCUCGAAGAAUAUCAUUAAUGGCUUCCAUUUUCUUUGCCGUUCAUCCGCUCAAAACCGAAGCCGUGACAGGUGUUGUCGGUCGGGCCGAACUACUCGCCACCGUAUUCUUUCUCAUAUCACUCAUGGCUUAUAUGAACUCAAAGUAUCACAUAUUUGUUGUUUCGGUAAUCUGUGCGAUACUAAGCAAAGAACAAGGUUUGACUGUAUUAGCCGUUUGUGUUACCUAUGAAAUGACCAAAUGUUUUCAGCGGCGACCGCCACCUAACUCAUCGAUAAAGAAGUCACUAUUCAUAACAACAUUAUUGACAAUAUUUGCCUCAAUUUUGUUGGCCUUUCGUAUCUAUAUAAUGGGCGGUCCCAACCAGUUCCCGGUGUUUACCAAAUUUGAUAAUCCGGCCUCAUUUGAGCCGUAUCCGACCCGACAACUCACUUAUAACUAUUUAUUAUCACUGAACUCGUGGCUAAUGUUAUACCCGUUUCGUUUGUGUUGCGAUUGGACAAUGAAGUCCAUCGUAUUGAUCAGUGAUAUCUAUGACCAGCGAAACAUAUGGACACUUAUCUUCUAUACAGUAUUCAUAUUGUUAGCUAUCAGAUCUCUAGUCAAUUUGUUUCGCUACCGAAACCAUUGUCUGAUAAUUGCAUUAUCAUUGAUAGUCUUUCCAUUUAUACCGGCGUCGAACCUCGUCUUUCCGGUCGGUUUUGUGAUCGCCGAGCGGACACUUUAUAUUCCGAGUACCGGUUACUCACUAUUGAUGGCCAUCGGUAUCGAUGCCAUCGAAAAUCGCUACUUUAAUAGACUUAAAAUUAAAAAGUUUUUAUUAAUCAUCUAUUGCUUGACAAUAGCAAUGUUUUGUCUGAAGACUCAGUCGCGAAACGAAGACUGGAGUGACGAGUUGUCGCUGUUUUCGUCAGCAAUCAAAGUGAAUAAAAACAACGCAAAACUCUAUAAUAAUAUCGGACACCAUUACGAGCGACAAAAACAAUAUGAAGAAGCGCUGAAGUACUUCGAGAAGGCGGCCGACCAACAGAUAGACGACUUGGGCUCACAGAUCAAUAUCGCGCGGACUCUAAUCAAUUUGGGUCAGCAAUCGAAAGCCGAACAAAUGUUAUGGAAGUUGAAGCCAAAAGUAAAACUGUCGGCCAUUAAUAACCGAAUUGUACCGAAUUAUCUGAAUUUAUGGAUCAAUUUAGCCAACAUUAUUGUCCGCAAUGAGACCAGACUUUCCGAAGCCGAAAGUUUAUACAAAGAGUUGAUACAAAUGCGAUCAGAUUUUAUCGAAGCAUACAUUAAUUUAGGUGAUGUCCUCAUAAGGCAAUCGAAACUAUCGGAAGCUAUAGAUGUCUAUCAUAACGGACUUUUGUUAAACCGAAUCGACCGCAAGGCUGAUCUCUAUUUCAAUUUAGGUGUCGUUCACUCAAUGAUACUAAAAAAUAUGGACGACAUGUCCGACAAGCGGACCGAAACUGUUCGACUGAUUGCCGAUUAUUUUUUGAAUGCAACUGUUAUUAAUGUCAAUCAUAAGGAGUCGAUAGUUAAUUUGGCUAUACUUUUCCAGAAGCAUGAGUCGAUUUUGAGUUCAUACAGACAGACACUGAUCGAUCUGAUGAUGAGCUAUACCGGUACCGAAACCGAAUUAGUUUACUAUAAUUUGGCACUAUUGUUUGCCGAUUCGGGCGAUAACUUAAUGGCCAUUCAUUACCUCAAAGAAGCUGUCAGAUUGAAGCCAAACUUUAGAAGUGCUUUAUUUAAUUUGGCGCUAAUUUUCUUAAAUAAUUACGAUUAUAAUGAGGCCGAAGCCUAUUUGCGGCGUCUAAUUGAUUACUAUCCCGAUAAUACCAAAAGUCUACUAUUAAUUGGCAAUCUCUAUGUCAAUCAUCUGAAUGACUUGGAAAGGGCUCGUCAGAGCUAUGGACAGGUGCUGAAGUAUAACGAGUCAAAUGUAGAGGCAAUGCACAAUCUGUGCGUUGUUUUGCACAAACAAAAUGAGACCAAACGGGCCAACGAUUGUUUUCAAUCAUAUCAUUUAAGACAACAACAAUCGUUGAAUAAAAGUCAACGAUCCUCUACCUAAUGGUCUCAUGAUUUUAUUUUUAUUGAUUUUAGUGAGCAUUUUACCGAUUAGUAGAUUAGUUAUAAAAAUUGUGUGAUCAAGGUAAAUUUGUUUCUAGUAUAGUUUACUAAAUUGUUAGUGAUAUUUAUAUAUAUA